AUGAAGUUCCUCAGCAUUUUCAGCGUCGCUCUCUUGUCUGCCGGCGCAUCGGCGCGUAGCCUCAGCUUCAUGGGCAGCGACUCGCAGCACGCCCUCGAAGAAGAGUUCCCCGUUCCUGGCGACAACCCUCUGCUCUUCUGCGCCGCCCCCACCGACAACAUUCUCACCAUUGAGAAGCUUAUCGUGUUUGUGCAGUNNGGCGUCACUUUGUCCAUCAAGGCAUCCGGAGUAUUGUCGCAGGACGUCGAGGAGGGCGCAAAGGUGCACUUGCAAGUCAAGUACGGCUUGAUUCGCAUCAUCAACCAGGAGGCCGACUUGUGCGAGAACCUCAAGAAUGUCGAUCUCGAGUGUCCUCUAAAGAAGGGCCCCAUGGAGUUGACCAAGGAUGUCGACCUUCCCAAGGAGAUUCCUCCGGGCAAGUACACUGUCCUCGCCGACGUUUACACCAAGGACAACGAGAAGAUCACCUGCUUGACCGCUACCGUCAUCUUCAGAAGAGGUGGUGCCUUUGAGGUUGUCGCUUAG